AUGGUAAAGUUAGAGAUCAAACACGUGGCAGCGUAUGUCGAAAAGGGAGCGACAGCGAGUGUACAACCGUACGCUUUCUUGCAGGAGUAUGCUCUCGACCAGAGGAAGGAACUGUUGAAUCGUGCAGUGCCUCCCGCGGACGUUAGUGCGGCGGAGACCCUUGCCGCGUUCUUGGGUGUAGGAGCUGGUGGUGCAACAACUUUGAUUGCUCAACAAGCAAAGACACAGCGGCAACGUGAGCAAGACAUGAAGUCAAAGAAGAAACUUGAAGAGAGCGAGGUCGUGCGUAAAGGGCUCGCUGCUAGUGCGAAUGCGCUUACUGCUGGUGCAGACAAUCGAGCUGCUCUGGGUGCAUACGUUGAAGCCGUUACUAAUGAUGGCAGAAAUAUAAACAAGCCUCCUACGGGAAGAUACACUACAUUCAUUGAAGACGCAUUAAACCUGGAAGGCCUUAAACGAGUGGCGGAAAUGUAA